AUGAUGAGCUCUGUUCACGAUGAUAUCUUGAUCCAGAACCUAAACAACAGUCUUAAGGAGGCUUAUAAAGCAGAAGAGGCCUACUGGCGGCAACGCAACUGGUUAAAAUGGCUAUGUCUAGGGGAUCAAAACAGCAGCUAUUUCCACGCAGUCACAAGGGGACGACGGUGUUUAAAUCGACUCUCUAUACUAGAAGACGAGGAAGGUACACGGGUCUACACAGAAGAAGAGAUCACACAAGUGAUACAAAACUAUUUCCAUAAAAUCUUCACAACAGUCCCUGGAAACAGAACCAACACGAGGUGGAGAUAA